AUGCUCAUGACCUUGCACCCGGGAGCUUGCAGGGUGCAGCAACACACGGUGAACACAGGAGAGACAGAACUAAGUCCUGCUCUGCCCCUUCCAUUCUGCAGGUCCAGGGUGCUGUCACACUCCUUCUGCCUGCACCAGGACGUGAUGAACCUGGUCUGUGCCAACACCACCCCCAGCGUGGUGUAUGGCCUCACCGCCAUCCUGCUGGUCAUGGGGCUGGACGCCAUCCUCAUCUGCCUCUCCUACAUCCUGAUCCUCAAGGCUUUCUUGCAGCUGGCAUCAUGGAAGGAGAGGCUUGAGGUGUUCAGCACCUGCGUUGCCCAUAUCUGCAUGGUCCUGGCCUUUUAUGUGCCCCUGAUUGGGCUGUCCGUGGUGCACAGGUUUGGGAAGGACCUGGCUCCACUGGUCCAUAUCACCCUGGGAAAUGUCUACAUCCUAGUGCCCACUGUGCUCAACCUCAUCAUCUGUAGGGUGAGGACCAAGCAGAUACAGAGGAUCCUGAUUUCAAUUAAAAUUCCCAAUGACAGAACUGCUCAUUGA